AUGGCGGGCGCCGCGUCUGCCACCGUGCCCGGCAGCACCAGCUCCCCCAUCACCGACCAGCUGGCGGCGAUUGUCGAGGACUAUGAGGAGGAUGCUCAGGUGUCCAGCCGGGACGCGCGGAUGGAGCGCAUUGCUGCACGCAUUCAGCUGGAGGAGAGGAGGCGUGCGGCAGCAGCCCCAGCAUACGCUGGCACCUCCUGCGCAGACGCUGCUGCCGCACACGGGCGGCUGGAAGAGGAGGCGCCGCCGUCCAUGCUGCUGCAGCUGGCACAAGCGGCAGCCACCGAGGGCAUGCAUGGAGCAGCGGCAGUGCCACAUUCACCACCGCCCAGGCGCUCCAGGCGUACGCCAGCAGCAGCAGCGCAGCCGCCAGCAGCAGCAGCGCAGCCGCCGGGCGCCACCAUGGUGCCGGCGGCAGCAGCGCAGCCGCCAGCAGCAGCAGCGCAGCCAGCAGCAGCAGCAGCGCAGCCGCCGGGCGCCACCAUGGUGCCGGCGGCAGCAGCGCAGCCGCCAGCAGCAGCAGCGCAGCAGCCGGGCGCCAGCCUGGUGCCGGCGGCGCAACCGCCCUUUCUGGGGGGUGACAACAAUAGCUUGAUGGAGGCGGCUGCAAAGCUUAGAAGUUUGGGGAGGCAGCUGACUAGCGGGGACGAGGCAGGCAGCAUGGUGGCAGCGGCAAGUGCGGUGCUCCAUGGUGCGGCCACCAUGUUGACCGCCCAGGCCCAGCAGCACCACCAGCUGAAGCUGGCGGUCUUGGCAGCCAUGGGUGCAACGGGGCCGCUGAUGCAGAAUGGGCGGACCAUGGCAGGCAGCCUGAAUGCCAGCCUGGAUGCCAGCGCCUCGAGGAUGCCCGCAGUGGUGGUGGACCUCGCCGGUCCCCCCCAGCACCGCGACCGCAGCAGGGGCCGCAAGCCCCGAGGCACCCGCCCCCAGACCGCCCCACAGCCCGAGCAGCCCCACCGGGAGGCGGAUCCGUUGCCGCCGCCACGGCCACCCCAGCAGGAGACGCCAGGGGCAGCCGAUGCCGCGGAGGCGGCCCCGCCGCCAGGGAAGACCCGCCGCCGCCGGGUCAGCAGGAGGAAGACAGCCGCAGCGGCUAGGGCAGCAGCCCAGGAGGCAGACGAGCGAGCCGCCGAGGCUACGGCCCGGGCGGCCGGCUUGGAGCAGCAGAACGCACACUUGCAUGCCGCGCUGACCGAGGCCCAGGCGGCCGCCUCCAAGGCCACAGCCGGCCUGGCAGCAGCCGAGGAGCAGCUGGCGGCAGUCAGCAGUGCCCCGGCCCUGUCCGGGGCCCGGGAGCGGGCCGCACCGGCAGCACGAGCAGGCGCUGAUGACUCGCCCGCCGCCCCCGCUGUGUCCGCCGCUGGCAGCACCCUGGCCAGCUCACAGCCAGGCGGCGGCAACAUGUUCUCCUAUCCCCUGGAGCCAGCCUCGCUGCUAGGGGAGGCGGGCAGCCCGCCCCAGCAGGAGGCCAGCAGCGGCGCAGCAGGCGCUAGCGGCGGCCCGGCCAGCGAGCUGCCGCCGAUGGUGGACAACCCGCUCGCGACCCAGUCCCCCCUGCCAGCGGCCCCCCCCUUCCGCCACCGCUCCCCGGCUCAAGAGCGCCGCGAGGGGUGGCCAGUCAGCCGCGUCAUCGCCCACCACGUCGAGGACGGGGAGCUGCACAUCUGCCUAGAGUGGGACCUCCAGUGGGUGAAGGCCGACCGCGCCGAGAUCGGCCUGAUCCCUGAGCUCCUGCUGGCCUACCAGGCGGCCAGCGGCUGUGACAUGAGCGAAUGGAUCGCCCAUUUUGGUGGACCGGCGGCGGCGCCCCUGCAGCAGCAGCAGCAGCAACAGCAGCCUGCAGCCCCCCCACGCCAGAGUCCAGCCGAGGCGCGCGUCGCAGCCGUCAUGCUGCGCCCCCAGGUGCAGCAGCACAUUGCGGCGCAGCCCCUGGCACUCAGCAACUGCCAGGGCUAUGCCGCCAACGCGGUGGUGGAGCUGCAGGUGCGCUUCCCGGCCCUGAGCGCCAUGCUCCUCACCGAACUACACAAGACCAAGCACCCCCGAGCGGACGGCUUCACCACCUUCGCAGCGCCGCGGCCUGGCAGCGACGCAGGCGGCGUGGCAGUCCUCAUCCGCAGCCAGCUGGCGCCGCAGCUGUGGCGGCAGCGGCCCGGCGAGGGGGUGCUGUGGGUGCGGCUGCCCGUUGCACUCCCUGACGGCGCUGACCUCUUCCUGGCUGUGUGCUACAACCCGCCCUACCAGCGGGGUGGCCGCAGCAAGGAAGAGGCAGAGGAGGAGGAGGCGGGCUGGUGGGAGCGGUUGGCGCACGACUGGGUGGCAGCGGCGCGGCUUGGGGUCCCCGUGGUUGCCGGCGACUUCAAUGCCCGCACCAAGUCCUGCCCUGACUUCCCCCCCUCCCAGCCCACCCCCGCCCGCAGCAGCUGUGACCCCGACAAGAACCAACGCGGGCGCCGCCUAUUGGCCUGGUGCCAGGAGGUCGGCGCCCGCAUCUGCAAUGGUCGCGUUCCUGGGGAUGAGCGCGGCGCCCCCACCAGUUGGGGCGUCCACGGCACCGGCAGGUCAGUUGUCGACUACUUCAUGGUCCCAGCUGGCCAGCUCCCCUGGGUGCGCCGGCUGGUGGUGGAUGAGCGCAGCGUGGUGGGCGACCAUGCUACGCUGGUGCUGAGCAUGGCCGGCGCCCCCCAGCCGACCCACCAGUCUGAGCCCGAGACUGACCCCUGCUUCUUCCGCUUCUGCCGCCCCUCCGACUGCGAUCGAGUGGCGGCGGCUGUGGACUACCUGGCGGCCUCCCCUGA